AUGUCCCAACCCUCUGUUCACCAGCUCUUCGAACGCCUAGAGACAAUCGGGAAGGGUGCUUACGGAUCUGUUCACAAAGGAAGGCAUAUACCCUCAGGAAAUGUUGUAGCUCUCAAAAUUAUCAACCUCGAUACCUCGGACGAUGAUGUCGGCGACAUUCAGCGCGAAGUCGCCCUCCUGUCUCAAUUAAGAGAUUGCCCCAAUAUCACGAAAUACUACGGUUGCUAUCUAGAUGGUCCCCGUGUAUGGAUAGCCAUGGAACUUGCCCAGGGAGGUAGUGUGCUUUCGUUAAUGAAAGCCUCCAAAGACGGUUGUAUCGAAGAGAAAUAUGUCGCGGUCAUCAUUAGGGAGGUUCUUGUAGCACUGAGUUAUCUCCACAAAGUGCCCGUUAUCCAUCGCGACAUGAAAGCUGCAAACGUACUCGUGACUGAUAUAGGAAAGGUUAUGCUAUGUGACUUUGGCGUGUCUGCACUUUUGGCAACGACUUCCAGCAAACGCAAUACGCUGACUGGGACUCCUUAUUGGAUGGCCCCCGAGGUGGUGCAAACAGUUCCGGCAUACGAUACCAAAGCAGACAUUUGGAGCUUGGGAAUUAUGAUAUACGAAAUGAUCAAGGGAACGCCUCCCCACUCCAACCUGGACAAGUUCCAAGUCAUGGACCUUAUUCCGAGAAUUAAACCACCACGUCUUGCCGAAGUAGAAGCAAGUAAAGACCUACGCGACUUCAUGGCUUAUUGUCUAAAAGAGUCUCCGGUAGAGCGUCUCCCGCCAGACGAACUUUCGAGGACAAAGUGGAUGAAGUCAGUUGCCAAAAUCCCCGUUGCUUUGUUAAAGGAUCUUGUCUUCCGACUCCAGCAAGCAGGGCCCCGCGCCAGUUUGGCGGAACCAUUGGAUUGGGAGAGUGGCGAAACAAACAGCAUUGUCGGUGAUGACAAUAGUUGGGAAUUUGACACCAUUAGACAUGGCCCAUUUACUAGCGUGAAUAAUGCAUAUAAUGACGAACACGAUGACUUGCCACCUGAACCUUCAAAUCAGGCCACCAUUCGGGCACAGAACUCGACAAACUUUCCAUCUUCUUUGCGUUCCCUUUUCGAUGAUAACGAUUUCCCGCAAUCCGACGCCAUACGUCAAAACAAUAACUCUUUAGAUAUACCUACUCAACCUUCUCUAUCUGGUGAGCGAAUUAUUGACGAAACUCAAGCACAGCAAAUACUUCCUUCGACUUUAUCGGUCACCAUAAAUCAUGGAGCACUUAGGCCACCCAAUGCAAGCAAUAGUCCUAUACAGGAUCCCUCUACGAAAUUUGAUACAUCCCCUGAGCCCCACGAUAGUCCCCCUAACGAACCAUUGUCUGACGAUGAUUAUGCUCUUGAUUUUUCUCAUGAUAUCAGCUCGCGUACAAGAAAUCCAACAAAAGAAGACAAUUCAUCGUUGCAAUCAAGUGAUAAUUCGCCACCAGAGAGUUUUGGUGCCCCCAAACGUCGUGACAUUGACCUUGCAUCACCGUCUUCUUUUCAGUUUCCGCGUCCAUCCCGAUUGGAUUUUCAACACGAUGAUCCACUCCCUAUGUCACCGGAUCGUCAAUUUCCUUCAACAUCUGGUACCCCAAUGCUUACACACCAAAAUGCGCUAUCCCUGGAUGUGUCGUCACGGCCAGUCAGACACGAUCUAUCUCCUCCAAUUUCGCGUUCACGAUCUGCGACCACUCCCCCGCCACUAUCCCUGACCCAUCCUGAUUUCGAUGCCAGGUCAGUCCCUAUUAUCGAUGUCAAGAAAACUGCCGAAAACAUUCCGUAUACGCCAUCUUUUGUUCGAGGAGCACCAGGUUUGAAAGAUGUCCUCAAGAUUCCUUCUCUAUCAGCUGGAAUUCAUGGGGACCUCCUUCCACCUUCUCCAUCUGCAGCAGUAAAUGGUGCACGUUACUUCCCACCUGGUAUCUCAAAUUUGGUACCUGCAUCAGCCCUCAGAUCGUCCUCGGAAGACUCUCAUAACCAUGAAAAUUCAAUCGCUCCUCAGUCCAUCAAACUGACAAAUGGAACACGAUUACAUCCACACAGAAGACUAAACAUCUCCGCCUCGAAUCCAGAUGUCUAUAUCACGCGCCCCUUGGACUAUUCUAACCUGAUUCUGGGGAAUUCCCAAACUGUUGAACUUGAUCGAACGUUAAAGUCUCUUGCACAUUGGUUAGCAACUGUUGAAUCUGGACUAAACAACAUGUUGGAUAAUGCAAUCGAAGAAGAAAGCGACGGUGAUUUUGGUGCAGAAUCACCCAUCCCCGACAGCUGGCAAACGGAGGUGAAUGAUAACAUAUCAUAA